UGAUGCACUCAACAUGGACGCUGCGGUCGAUGGCGCCACUACGAUUCGUUGCCAUGGUUGCGCUGAUGCUCGCGAUGAUGGCUUCGUUCGUGCAGACCCAGAGUGGUCCCUCGUACGUGCUGGAGACUCUGUUCGAUGAGCUGAGCUUGCUGAUGCGCCGUGGCCCAAACGCAUCCAUACCGAUCCCGGAGGCCCCGAAACAGCUACGCAAAGAGUACGAUUUCGUGGUGAUUGGUGCCGGAUCCGGUGGAUCGGUGAUGGCCAACCGGUUAAGCGAGAUGAGCGGCUGGAAUGUGCUGCUGCUGGAGGUGGGCAAGGAGGAGAACGCCGUCUCGAAUGUGCCACUGACGGCGGGCUUGACCACGGCCACCGGUUACAGCUGGGGCUAUCGAUCGGAUCCAAUGAAGAAUGCAUGCCGUGGCCUCGAGCACGGUGUCUGCUACUGGCCGAAAGGGCGCGGUCUCGGUGGUACCAGUCUGAUCAACUUCCUGCUAUAUGGCCGCGGUCACCAACGGGACUAUGAUGAGUGGGAAGAGGCCGGUAACUAUGGUUGGGGUGCCAAGGAUGUGUGGAAGUACUUUGAGAAGGCCGAACUGGUCAAAGGCCGUCCGACGAAUCCGUACGGUUAUCUGCACAUCGAGGAAAGUUCCUACGAAACGCCAAUGUUGGCCCGGUACAUCGAGGCCGGUCGUCGGUUAGGUUACCGACACAUUGCUCCCGACGAUCCGCUACAGCUCGGAUUCUACAAAGCACAGGCCACUAUGGUGGAUGGGGAGAGAUGUAGUGCAGCACGAGCAUACCUCAAACCGGUUGCUGGACGUCCGAACCUACAUAUCGCAACCCGUUCCUGGGCUACCCGUAUCCUGAUCGAUCCGAUCACGAAGACAGCCUUCGGGGUAGAGUUUACCAGGAACAAGCGAUCGCACACGGUCCGGGUGCGGAAGGAGGUGAUCCUGGCCGCUGGUGCCAUCGCUUCACCUCAGCUACUGAUGCUAUCCGGAAUCGGUCCAAGAGAGCAUCUCGCAGAGCUCGGCAUACCGGUGGUGAAGGAUCUACGCGUUGGCUACAAUCUGCAGGACCACUCGACGCUAUCCGGGCUCGUUUUUACCGUCAACAGUCCGGUUACGAUCCGGGAGCGUGAUAUGCGACGUCCGGCUAACUUCCUAAACUAUUUGAUCGCUCGUCGUGGCCCCUUCACACUGCCCGGCGGUGCCGAGGGUAUUGCGUUCGUCAAGACGAACGGUUCACGGUCACCGGACGAUUAUCCGGACGUGGAGCUAGUGCUAGGGACGGGUGCGGUCAAUAACGAUGAGUCCGGUGCACUGCGCCACACCUUCGGUAUGACACGAGAGUUCUACGAGCGUACGUUCGGAGGUGCACGCGGACAGCACGCGUUCGGUAUUGCGCCCGUGCUGAUGCGUCCGAAGAGCCGUGGGCGUGUGUGGUUAAAGAGCCGCAAUCCGUUCCAGUGGCCGCACAUGGAGGGUAACUUCUUCGAUCAUCCGGACGACCUGGCCACCAUGGUCGAGGGCAUUAAGCUGGCCGUGGCCAUCGGGGAGUCGGAUAGCUUCGCCAAGUACGAGGCGCGGCUACUCGAGACGCCCUUCUACGGUUGUGAGGCGUAUCGCUUCCGGUCGGACGAUUACUGGCGGUGCUGUUUGCGGCAGGUAGGCGCCAGCAUACAGCAUCAAUCGGGGACAUGUAAGAUGGGUCCGGCUAGCGAUCCCGAGGCGGUCGUUGAUCCGGAACUGCGGGUGCAUGGUAUACGUGGGUUGCGGGUUGUGGAUGCUUCCAUCUUCCCCAUCAUCCCGUCAGCGCACACCAACGGGGUAGUUAUAAUGGUCGGUGAAAAGGCGGCCGAUCUGGUGAAGCAGCACUGGAACAAUCAGGUGCAAUAGUGCGUCCUGAAUGUUGCAGUGUUGGCGCGAGAUAUUAAACUAGUCAAUCAAUUUGCGGUAGUCCAUAAAAUGCUCAUAAAAGCGGGAGUUCUAGCGCCAGACACACGCGCACUGUGCCAGUAGAACAGCUAUUGAUUUUAAAAACUCAAGUGAAUGCAAACAAAAACAUGUUAAGAACAAAAUUAGCUUCAUUUUCUAGAAUAAAGAGAAAACUUUCGAUUUUAUUCGUAAGGUUUAUUUUAAUUCAACUGUUUUUGUUUCAUAAAAAUGAGGGCAUGCACCGCCCAGAGCAUAACUGGUACAGAGCCUUACAAAUGUCAGUCUCCAUAUUUUCAUAGAAACGAACCGUCACACGUUGGAGAC